GUUGCCCAGUGUGACCAGUCCAAAGAGCUAACGGGUUGAUAUUUAGCCAACAGUUCGUACCCUUUGUAAUUUGCACACGCAAACAACCAAGGCUCGUUUUGAGACAAACAACGCUGACCCGGGACAAAAUGGCGAUUACAGCUUUUAUAAUUCCCCUGGCUUGUAGCUACUUAAUACCGGUUGUGCGAGCAGGCUACACUCGCUGUUAUGAGAACAAAUAUUGUCCCGAUGGGUACUAUUGCUGUCAUGACCGGUGUUGUGCACGUGCGUACUUCUGGUCCUAUUGGUACUUCUGGUUAGGCCUGCUGUUGCUUCUGUUUGCUGUGCUGUCCGGUAUCAUCACAGCCUGCAAACGAUGCCUAGCAAAACAAAGAACAAGUUCUAACAGUCGAGAUGCUCACCAGCUGACCAGCUGCCCAUCACCACCAGACGUGAGCUUAGCCCUCCCACCGUACUCUCCAAGGUGUACAACGACAGACCAGCACAGGACACCAGCAUUGCAAGCGGUUUCCAGUGAGGAACAUGACAACACCGGAAUGUUGUUUGAUGAAUACUUGGCAGACAUGCGACCCAUUCGUCCUGGAGAAAAACCUCCACCUUACUCACUGUACCCUACUGAGUGUCACGAAGAACCUACAACCACACCGUCAAGGCAACUUACGUCUGGGCAAAAUAACGGAGGCCAGCAUACAUAGAAUAUUUCUGUGAAAUGUUUAUGAUAUUAAGUAGCAUAUAAAAAAUACUCAAUAAUAAAGAACUCUAUCACGCCCCGAAACCCAAAAUUAACGUCCAAAAUCCUACAGAGUGCCUCAUCUGUGAACCACACAGUUCUGUACAGAAACACCACCUGCACUCGACCAUUGUGAUCUGUGAGAAUAUCUAAUAUUUGAACCGCUUUACAUGAGGAUUUGUAUCCAAUUAUUUGUUUCGCAGUGUAUCAAUGGUGUGCUGGUGUAUAGUUAAUCAGCUCAUCAUACAUAGCAACAAUAAACUAAAUAAACUACAAGAUGCUGUGCAUUCAACAUAGAAUUCUCAUUCGAUGCUACUUGUCAACGAUGGUGUCCCUCUUGGUUCAAUGAUAGUGUGUCCUUAAGUGUUCACUUAUGACUCAGUAACCCUGGUAGUUGUAAUGUGCAAAGAAAAUUGAAAAGAAAUAAGAUAAUACAAUUUGCAUUUUAGAAUGAUAAUCCUUACAUUUGGGGGGGGGGGGGGUAGGGUUACUAAAUAAAGUGCGUGAUUUAUUGUGCGGUCGGUUCUCGAUAUUGCAGCGGGUAGUUCGAAUUUUUAGCUAUGUUGCAUGGUUAACAUUAUUUUUGUCGGGUCCCCCUCCCCCAGCAGGCGAUAAAUACAAUAUCUUAAUCUGAAUUUCGAACUGGUAAUAAGUAUCAAGGUAGUCAAACGUUUCACAGAUAGUUUUGAAAAGAAUUGAUAUUGCUAAAAUG